AUGUGGAGAGACACACUGACUCUCGUCUGCCUGUUGGUAUGUGUCAGUCAACAGGAGGAAGACCUAUUCGACCCUGUGUCCAUCUACCCUCAGAACUGCACCUCGGAAUGCAUCCUACAGGGAGACAGAAGAUGUGAAUACUGUCAAAUCUCCAGAGAGGACAUGAAGGCUGCACUGGGUGUCGACAUUGUCUCUCCAUUUGGAAGCUGCGUGCCAUGGCCAUGUCAGACCUUUCUUGGACAACAGACUCCAGACGUGUGCCAACACUAUGUCCACGCUCCACAUAAUGUGACGGUGCAGUUCCUGCCUAAUCAAGACCUCACACACGACACUGUCACUGUCUCCUGGAGUCCUAGUCAAUAUGGUAUUGCCUUUUUGCGAGGAUUUCAGGUCUUUCUGCAGGCUUUGGGAGGAACACAGACUGCAUGUCAGCUUUUUCUUCUGCCGAAAAAUCUGUCUCUCACUGCCGCUCAUGCCCAGAGGGUGUACCACUCAGAUGCCUUCACUGGACUUCCUCUCGACACUCAGUAUGCUGUGACUGUAAUGGCUCUUCCUGUUCCAGAAAAGUGGGACAAUUUCUACCACAGCAAAAGGUUCUUCACUCGCACCUGCCCUGAGAAAAAUGGCAUGGAAAAAUGUAGGAGAGACUGGUACCCAGAACACAUUGAAGUGCAGCGGAAAGACAUGGAUGCCUUGGUGACCUUUAAUCUUGCUCCGAAAAGUUUGGGAAUCCAUCAGUAUUUUUUAUCAUGCUUUGGAGGUGGCCUGCGCAGUGACCAAAAAAUAACACCUGACACUGUGGAAAACCAGACACACUACUCUUAUCACCUGCUUUACCUUCGCUCUGGAAUCAACUUCACCUGUGAGAUUGCAGCAGAUGUGGAGGAUGCUGUGAGGAAAAGAUUCUACAUUUACAUAUCACAGGUUACCCAAGAGCCUCCUGCAACACACGCAGAUGGUCCCUCCCUGGCUUUGUUAGUUCCUGUGGGCAUUGCACUGGUUACUCUGGUUGUUAUUCUCACUCUGUGGUGUAAAAAGAGGCUUAGGAGUAGAAUGAGAAAACAAAACGUGGCAGCAGAUAUGACUGAGCAUGAGGAACAGCACAUCGUCUUGACCAGCAAACCCCACCCACCUCGCCUUCUCAUUUGCUACUCUAGUAAUGAUGGCCCAGCUCACGUCAGGGUUGUUUUGCAGUUAGCAGCAUUUGUACAGAAACACAUGGCUGUUCAGGUGGCGCUCGACCUUUGGGAGGCACUUAGCCUAAUGCAGGAGGGGGUACUGGGCUGGUACUCUAGGAAAAUCAAAGAAAGUGACUUUGUGCUUGUCAUCUGCUCCCGUGGCCUCCAUCAGAGAAAGCAAGACAGAGAGGAGGGAGAAGAGCCUAACGAGGGCUGGGAGUUGAACUCCUCCUCAUCUGUUAUCACCAUGAUCGGAGAGGAGCUGUGGCGGACCAAGACUAUGGGAGAGGAUCUUAUCAAAUACAUGACCGCCAUAUUUGAGUAUUCACAUGAGAAUGAUGUCCCAGCGGUGUUGGGCCUGGCCUCACGAUACACGCUCACUCGAGAUUUACCGCUGCUCUUCUCCCAUCUACACGGAGUCGCUCUGCAGAGGCCUGGAGUUUGCCUACAGGUGGAGGACAUCUCAGAAAAUGGUUACACCAAACAACAGGCUGGUGCCGCACUGCGACUGGCCAUCGAAGAGGCAAAGAUCUGGCAUGAUCAGAAUCAGUUUAGAGACAGGACAAAAGACAAGCCAACCACAACAUGA